AAAUGUAUAGAAAGAAAGGGUAUCGUAUACUUCCAAUAGAAUAAAUAGAUUAUCCUUGGAUAUACUGGAUUUCUCGGAAAACUCUUUGGAAAAUUACCCAAUUCUAUAUCAUUCAUUAAAGUUGAUUUUGAUAUGAAAGCAUGUCCUCAGAAAAGCACACCACAGACGACCAUAGUGUCAUUAUCAUCGGUGCAGGAUGGCAGGGAAUCGCUGCCGCUAGAACAUAUCUGCAGCUCAAGCCCAAUGUCAAAUUAACCGUAAUUGACUCGGAUAGCAGUAUCGGUGGAGUGUGGAGUAUCGAUCGAAGUUACCCUGGGCUCAUUGCCGAUAGUCCAGUGGGCUGCUACGAGUUCUCCGACAUGUGCAUGGACGAGGACCCGGAAUUGAAGAUGUGGAACACUAUUCCUGGUCACAAGGUUGGGGAGUAUCUUCGCAAGUUCUCGAAGAGAUUUCAUAUUGAUGAACAUCUACGCUUGAAUACGAGAGUCCUUUCGGCGAUUUCUGAACGGGGAAUCAAUGGAGUAAGUAGGUGGAUUUUGGAGGUCCAGACAAAAGGCAAAGAAAAAGAAACCCUCAACUGCGAUAAAUUGAUUGUAGCAAGUGGCCCGUCUUCAGAUCCAAGGAUGCCGGAUCUCGACACAAGUCAAUUUAAUGGACCUUUCUUCCACUCUCUGUAUCUUGGUUCCCGACAUGCAGAGCUUACUGCCGAUAAUAUCAAACACGUAAGUGUGGUUGGAGGCAACAAAUCUGCCGCUGAGGUCGUUAAUCUAUGCGCAUCAGCGGGAAAGAAAGUUACCUGGUUAAUACGAGAGGGCGGUGCUGGUCCGGGAAUGCUUAUACAAGUAAGGUCGGGGAAAGUACACACCGCGGCCAUUGCAUUCUCCAGGUGGGCGGGUUUAACGGUCCCAUGUUUGUUAAGAACUCAUGGGUUUUGGUAUUGGCUUUUGCAUAGUGGAUUCUUUUGGCCUGGUAUUUGGUUGAUUGGGAAAUAUUGGGAAUGGGCUUCCCAUUACAUGUUCAAAGGUCUUUAUGAUCAGAGUGAGAAUGCUAAGAAAAUUGCGCCAGAUUGUAAACAGUAAGAUCUCCGCACAAAUCUACAUUUCGUUUUACUAAUAACAAAUAGUCUCUUUUGGUCUACAUCUGCACCCUCUUUUCUUCAAGAGGACAGUACUUUAUUCGAGAAACUAAACGCAGGAAUACUGAUAGAUGUCCAACGCACACAUAUAACUAAGAUUCAUUCCAACAGUGUCAGUCUCGACAAUGGUACCCAUCUUGCUACAGACGCAUUGGUCUUUGCCACAGGAUGGAAUCUGACGUAUUCUAAAUUCUUUUCGCCUGAAGCACGUCUUGAGCUAGACCUUCCAAUUCCGUUUGGUGAAGAACCUCCCUCUCUCAAAGCAUAUUGGAAGGCACUCGAUACAGAAGCUGAUCAAUGGGUUCAUAAAACAUUCCCUUUCUUGUCUAACCCGCCCAAGACUAAUGAAAAUCCCCCGGAAAACACACCAUACCAUCUCUAUCGUCAAUCUAUCCCUCCUACCCUUGCAACUCGUAACGACCGUUCCAUCGCCUUCCUCGGCGUUCUGGCAUCUCCUCAGAUCCCUACAUAUGCUGAGCUGUCUGCCCUCUGGAGCAUUGCCUAUCUCGAAAACAUGCAUUCCUUCGAGGUGGAUAAAGUCUUCAGUGAUAAAUUGACAAUGGAUCUAGCUACUGCUCGAACCAAUGCAUUUAUGAAGUGGAGAUAUAGAAGAGCGGGAAUCAUCGAACCAAAUGUGGGAGCGGAGGUUCAGGAUCUUUGUGAUUUACUGUGUGCUGAACUGGGGGUAGAAGGAAAGAGGAAGGAAAUGGUUGGAGGAUGGAAAGCUUCAUGGAAUGAGUGGUUCUCGCCGUAUAGAAGUGUGGAUUAUAAAGGUAUUGUGGGUGAAUUUUUAGAGGUGGUUAGGAAGAGAGAGGAAGCAAAGGCAAAAACUGAGUAGAAAGUUUUGGAGUUUGAUCUCCGUGUAGGUAAAAGAUGGAUCUUCGUACUCUUCAUUAAAUUGAUAUAGG